AGCCAUUUAAUCUUUGAUCCAACUCUCCAAUUAAAAUUUUGUUUGCAUUCAUGAAAUGGAAGUAAAUAUCGAGCAAUUCUCAUUGACCUUCCUGCCACAGGCAAUCAAUACAGCAAUUCAGGAGCUUGCACAUGCGCGUGCUGGUCCCCGGAAGUGUGGACGGACGCGGGCGGUCGUUAUGGCAACGCGGGGUGAUUGACGGGAGGGAAGCCGCCAGGUGAGCCAUUGGCUAGCGACAGGUGAGUGCGAGGGUGGACCAGACCAGACCAGGCCUGGCUCCACUUGACCAGCUUUAAAUGGAUCUGGAAGUUAAAGGCAUCGGCACAACAUCAAGGCAUUCGACACGCCAGAAGUCUGCACAGCAGGGUUGGAGGAUACGUCCACGUGAUGCUUAUGGCCCUCGUCCUGAUGCUGUCCCCGCAUUAGACUUGAGGAGACUUGGUGAUUCCGAUGGUGAGAAUGAUUUAUCUUAUACACCUGUGAUGAAAGAACAUCCUCGCUUAGCGUCUCCGGAUUCUUCCUCGACUGUUAGCUGGGGUACACCCUUUCCAGCUCCGUUUCCCCAUCGCCGCACCUACCGUGAGCCAUGUCCAAUAGAGGAGAUGACCAUACCCGAGAACCUGCCUGCACCUUCAGAGAGUUACAAGCUGAAAUAUCAACAGUACAAGGAGGAAAUGAAGAUGAAUUACAAGGAACACAGCCAACAAAAAAUCCAGAGGAGCAAAUCAGACUCUUCAGGUCAACAGCCAACACCAGCUAUUCUGCAGAUGCAGGAAUCUCCAGCAGACCACGUGGGUCCUGACAGCCUGACUUCUCUUGAUGAGAAAGCAACUUUACAGCAAUGUUACACCAGCAAGCCAUUCUCCAUGGAGCAAAAUAUGAAGAGGUUGGAAGCAGAGGAUCUUGCUGCAGAGAAGAAAAAGCAGGCAGUAGUAGAACAAGUGUUGGUGGAUCAGCUUUCCAGGGCAGUUAUCAGUGAUCCUGGACAAGAUGUAGGCACCACAGAUCUGAGACAGCAGCAAACUAUUCUCCCUGGUCUUGGCUCUGCACCCCUGCGCUUCAAAAGUAGAAAAUUACAUCAAACCAGGGUAAAAACAAGUUCAACAUUGACGGAAAAUGUGCUGUCAAACAAGCUGCGCUUCGAUGCCCGGAUUAUUUCAAGGAAUGGGCGGGAUGCGUGCAGAGAACUAAUUGGUUUCUUCUUUGCAUUUGAUAAGUCUCUUACAGUGUAUGAACAUCGUCAUUUUGGGAAAAACAGGACAAAAGCCCUACCAUUCAUUCAAAGGGGCAUUUACUGUCACCAGUGUGGUUGGCGAAAGGGAAGACAGUAUGAUGUUGGUGAUUUCUAUGUGGGUACAAAUCUAACCUUCCUGACUUCACAGCAUGUUAGUAUCCCGGCAAGUAUCCAAGAGAAACGGUUAUUAAUCUUACGGAUCAUUGAGAUUGAUGAAACUGCAAAGAUCUCUUUGCUGACUGGCAGCAAUCCAGCUUUCACUGAACAAGAGAUUGAUGACAGAAAUACCAUUCUAUCUGUGCAAGGACUGAUGAAAGAAAAACUUGUGAAGAGAGGGGUUCGCACUAUGACUGGUUUGGUGAAAUUUUUUCACCAGCAUGAUCAGCGUGGAGGUGGUGUGCUGUCAAAAAUGGAAAUAAAACAGGGUCUGACGGAGUUCCACUUGGAGCUAGCUGACAAGGACUUUGAGUCUGUAUGGCUUCUACUGGACCAGGGUGGUGAUGGUGAAAUAGACUAUUACCAGUUUAUUCAAGUCAUCAUUGGAGAAAUGAACGAGUUUCGUAAAGCAUUCGUUAGGAAGGCCUAUAUGAAGCUUGAUCCAAAUAAAACAGGCAGUGUUUCUGUGAAUGACAUUAGCAAGUUCUACAAUGGAAGGAAACACCCGAAAGUCUUAUCAGGAGAAUGUUCGGAGCAGCAAAUUCGAACAUCAUUCCUGGACACAUUACAGGAGAACUGCAUCAAUUCCGGAGAAGUCACUUACAUUGAAUUUGAAGCUUAUUAUGAGGGGAUCAGCCUUGAAGUUGCAAAUGAUGAAGAUUUUGCUAACAUAAUGAGGAAUUGUUGGGCAGUGUGAGACAGCAGAACUUAAGACAAAACUGGAAUAUUCAUUAUUUCUGUGCAAGCUAUUUUCCAUCGAUGUGCUUUUUACAAAAAUGUGUUCAAGUUGAUUGUUGUAAAGAAUGUUUUGUGUUAUUAUGAGAUCUUUGGAUUUUCAGUCAAGGUGUAGGUAUAAUUAGGUUUUAUAACCAUAUUUUAUUUUUUGCAAUAUCCAUCUCCAGUGUAGAUUUUCCAGGUAAGGGAAUAUCAGAACCAAUGCUAGAACCCAGCGUGAAGAAGGCAGCUUGCCCAAUUUUCUGUCCAUUGUAAAAAUGAAGUCUCAAUCCUCAUGGUUUCUGCUCUUCCACCUACUUGGUGAACUUGUUCUCAUUGUAGAUGCAGGACCAACAAAAUAUGUUCCAAAUUGUAACAACAAAUUUGUACUAAUGUUUAAUGGAGAAAGUGAGGUCUGCAGACGCUGGAGAUCAAAGCUGAAACUUUAUUGCUGG